AUGGAAGAUGAAACAACUUCGAGAAGAGUCGAUGGAGCCGAUGGAGAAGAUAGACUUAAUGGUGGCAAUGGCAGAAGAGGCAGGAAGAUUUUGUUCCUGGUGAUGGCGGGCAGUGGAAUGAUUGGAGCGGUCGUCUGCACCACUCUGAUGGCUUCCGUCUUGGCUGCAGCAGCUUGUAUACGUGGUGUACGUGAUGCUACCUCUGAAUAUAAUCAAUUAAUUUCUGAUACUGGAACAAUUAAAAUAAAUGGACGCCUCAUUUACCUGUGGACAUCUUUUGGACCAACAAUUUGGAGAUGUACUACUAAUUAUUACAAUUCGUUUCUCGGGUUUAAUUCAUCACAAUCGCAACAGUUGAUCAGAUUUAGCCUGAGUAUGGAAAAUGUGGCUAACUAUUGUUUCUUUGUAAUUUCUACAAGUGAGGGUAUAACUUCCUCUAAAGAUCCGGCUUUUCCUCUCUAUAACAACCAGAGCAUACCGGAAGAUGUUAUCAGUGGCGGAAACUACACGUUUGAUUCGAUCGCAUUUGCAUUCAACCCUUCCAACAAUCAGAUGAAUACUACCUUUGAUUUCAUUAAAAUCGAAGUUGCAUGUUAG